GAGAGAGGCGAAGUGGAGAGGACCGCAGAUUGGCAGAGCGCGUCCCGCCUCUGCCGUGGGUGAAAGCCCUCGGUUGCUAAAGCCCGCUCGGCGAGCAGCGCGCGCACACACGCCCUCCAGAGUAGCCCCGACCCCGCACCGCGGCGUGGCCACCAUGGUCGCCAGAGUUCAGCCUGAUCGGAAACAGUUGCCUCUGGUCCUACUGAGAUUGCUCUGCCUUCUUCCCACAGGACUGCCCGUCCGCAGCGUGGAUUUUAACCGAGGCACCGACAACAUCACCGUGAGGCAGGGGGACACGGCCAUCCUCAGGUGCGUUGUAGAAGAUAAGAACUCGAAAGUGGCCUGGUUGAACCGUUCUGGCAUCAUUUUUGCUGGGCAUGACAAGUGGUCUCUGGACCCCCGGGUUGAGCUGGAGAAACGCCAUUCUCUGGAGUACAGCCUGCGAAUCCAGAAGGUGGAUGUCUACGAUGAGGGAUCUUACACUUGCUCGGUGCAGACACAGCAUGAGCCGAAGACCUCCCAAGUUUACUUGAUCGUACAAGUUCCACCAAAGAUCUCCAACAUCUCUUCGGAUGUCACUGUGAAUGAGGGCAGCAACGUCACCCUGGUCUGCAUGGCCAAUGGCCGUCCUGAACCUGUGAUCACCUGGAGACACCUUACACCAACUGGAAGAGAAUUUGAAGGAGAAGAAGAAUAUCUGGAGAUCCUUGGCAUCACCAGGGAGCAGUCAGGCAAAUACGAGUGCAAAGCUGCCAAUGAGGUCUCCUCGGCGGAUGUCAAACAAGUCAAGGUCACUGUGAACUAUCCUCCCACUAUCACGGAAUCCAAGAGCAAUGAAGCCACCACCGGCCGAAAAGCUUCCCUCAAAUGCGAAGCCUCCGCAGUGCCUGCGCCUGACUUUGAGUGGUACCGAGAUGACACCAGGAUAAAUAGUGCCAAUGGCCUUGAGAUUAAGAGCACGGAGGGCCAGUCUUCCCUGACAGUGACCAAUGUCACUGAGGAGCACUAUGGCAACUAUACAUGCGUGGCUGCCAACAAUCUGGGGAUGACCAACGCCAGCCUCGUCCUUUUCAGACCUGGGUCGGUGAGAGGAAUAAAUGGAUCCAUCAGUCUGGCCGUACCACUGUGGCUGCUGGCAGCAUCUCUGCUCUGCCUUCUCAGCAAAUGUUAAUAGAAUAAAAGUUUAAAAAUAAUUAAAAAAAAAACACACAAAAAUGCGUUACACAGGAUACAGAGCGAGAGAGAGAGCGAAAUGGGGGGAGACUGUUUCUUUCACAUCUUUGUGUGUUUAUAAAUGAAGGGGAAAAUAAGAAAAUGAAGAAGAAAAUACAACAUUUAAAACAAUUUUAAAGUCCAUCAAUAAAAAUUGAAGUAUAAUUCCUGGUGGGAAAAGUUCUACCAAGAAAUGUGUAUAUCUAAGCAAAUGUAGACUGUGUAAAGACUCCAUCAUGUAAGGAGAUUUGAUGUUAUGAAAAAAUGACAAGUGAAGAAGUACCAGAUGGGUAUUAACCCCCCACCACAUGCACACACACACACACACACACACACACAAUUUAUCCUUCCUUCAUCCUUUUUCACCUGCGGGGAAAGAAAAAAAUACUGUCUUGCCUUGGUGUUUAUACUUCCAACAUCAUUUUAUUCUGUUUUUUAAUUUGAGCUGACGCAUAGCCAUUCAGACUAUCAAUGGAAUCCAUGCUGGAGUCCUACCCUGACCCUUUAUCUGGCUUUCCUGCCUCCACCCUCCCUCCAACUUUUAAGACCAUCUCCGUGUUCGAUCUCCCCCGCAUCCGUGCGGGAUAUCUGCUCUUUAUCCUCACCUCGGUCGCCUCCCUUCACUCCCACCCCCUCACCCCCACCUCCCAGCACUCGUCAUGCCGCAGAUGCU